GGCCGAGCCCGAGCCCCGCGGCAGCAGCAGCAGCAGCAGCAGCGAGAGGAGGAGGCGGCGGAGGCCGGCGCGGGACGGAGGAGCGGCGGGCGGCCAGAACAAGUGAGGUUUCAGCGGAUGACGUGGAUUCCUCACCUGGGAAGAAAACAGCUUUGAAAGAGCCACAGCGACGGCCCAAAAAUUUCAGAAGUGCAGCAUGGCCAGAGGCUGCUUGUGUUGCUUGAAGUACAUGAUGUUCCUUUUCAAUUUAAUGUUCUGGCUGUGCGGCUGCGGCCUCCUUGGCGUAGGAAUAUGGCUGUCGGUGUCACAAGGAAACUUUGCCACGUUUUCUCCCAGCUUCCCGUCGCUGUCAGCUGCCAACCUGGUCAUUGCUCUCGGUGCUAUCGUCAUGGUGACUGGCUUCUUGGGCUGCUUAGGUGCUAUCAAGGAAAACAAGUGCCUCCUCCUCAGCUUCUUCAUUGUUCUGCUGAUCAUCCUCCUUGCGGAGCUCAUCUUGCUCAUCUUGUUCUUCGUUUACAUGGACAAGGUCAGUGAAAAUGCAAAGGAAGAUUUGAAAGAAGGGCUCAAACUUUAUAACACAGAAAAUAAUGUUGGACUGAAGAAUGCUUGGAAUAUCAUUCAGGCAGAGAUGCACUGCUGUGGUGUCACCAGCUACACAGACUGGUACCCAGUGCUGGGCGACAACACUGUCCCCGACAGGUGCUGCAUGGAAAACUCCCAGGACUGCGGACGGAAUUCUACCAACACCAACUUAGUGUGGAAAAUGGGGUGUUUUGAAAAAGUUCAGAUGUGGUUUGAUGAUAAUAAGCACAUUUUUGGGACUGUUGGGAUGUGUGUCCUCAUCAUGCAGAUACUUGGCAUGGCCUUUUCCAUGGUUCUCUUCCAGCAGAUUCAUAGAACUGGUAAAAAAUACGAUGCCUAAAACAUCAUAUUCUUAACUGCAGCCCCACUUCUCUCCUGCCAUUAAAAGUAAAGGGUGAACAAGAGAACCGAGCGCUGCCCUGUUUGAGGCCUCCACCCCCCCAAUCCGCCCAGGGCAGGGGGCUGAAAGGCCUGAGCACAACGUGGGACUGGAUUGACUGGCUUCUUUCUUUUUAUUCACUAUUUUUUGCCAAAGAAGAAGGGAAACUUAUCAGAAGCAAAUCAGUUUUCUACACUAAUUCAAAGGUCUGUGGCUGAAACUUUAACUACACUUAAGGAACACCCUUGACCAUACUAAUCUCGUGAAGACUUGUGAAGGUAACGCCACUGGUAACGCCACUGACGUGCGCUUCGCUUCCUCAGAGAACCCUCCUAAAGUCUUCUCGCAGGGCAAUAAACUGCUUGUGCCCAAGAAGACAUCCCCCCAGCCCAGGGAGAGACUUGGGGAAGCCGCUCACCUCCUGGGAGGCAGACUGUUUUGUACCUUACUGUGUAUACUAGGAUUUAGUAACCUGAUUUAUAACUUUUUACUGGGUU